AUGGAGACUAAAAUCGAGGAACCGUUCUUGAAGAUAAGUAUGAAGGAUUUCAAAGCCCAUGGUGAUGGUUUAUUAGAGGUUUGUUUCAAGAAUGGGGAGGACGUAAUUGCAUCAUGCAGUUGUCGCAGGUUUGAACAAUAUGGAUUGUUGUGCAAACAUAUAUACUUUGUGUUCAAGAGGUUCAAAGUGAAAGAAAUUCCCAACAAGUAUGUUAUGAGAAGAUGGACCAAAGACGUGAUACCAAAUGAUCUAAAUAACACAUUUAAUUUAAAUGUUGUUGAUAAUGAUGGGCAUAAAAAGGCCAAGGAGGUUGCGUAUGAGAUAAUGCAGACCGGAGAGUAUCUUAUUGGUAAUUUGAUGAGAGAUUUUGAUCAUCUAGUUAUAGUCAGGGAUCGGAUGAGGGAGAUGAAAGAAAUGGUUGAUGAACUUCACAUAACCAAGCCUAUUGACCCUAAGUUUGAUAGAUAUUCAAGGUUAAUCGGUUACGAGAAACCGAACACUGAUGCUCCACCUACAGUCCAUGUGCCAACCGGUAUUAGGAACAAAGGACAUGUUUUAAAGGGUCAAGCUAGUGCUGCCGAUAAGAAGGGGAAGAAAAGAAGAGUAGUUCAGCUAGAGAUUGAUCCUCGUUUAGUAGACGAAGAGGACGAGGAGGCAGAAGCUGGUGAGGGAGAGGAAGAGUAUGAGGAGGUUGACGAAGCCGAUGAUAGUGAUUUUGAAUGGGAAAAGCUUAACGAUGACGACGAGUGA